AUGCAGAAGGGAGGGAGCCCCCAUGUGGUGAGGAUUCUGGGGGUGUACCAGGGGUGCCCUCCCUCUCCAGGCAGAGGCCUCUCCACCCAGCUGGGUAUUGUGAUGGAGUUAAUGAACAUAGGCUCCCUGGCCACCCUCCAGGCCAGCCUCUCUGGCCCCCCACCCUGGCCCCUGGCCUUCCGCCUGGCCCACCAGAUCGCUCUAGGAAUUAACUUCCUUCACAACCUUCCUCAGCCACUUCUGCAUCGCGACCUGAAGCCCAAUAACGUGCUGCUGGAUGACAACCUUAAUGCAAAGCUUACAGAUUUUGGCCUUGCUGAAGUCUCCCAUAGUGUUUUGGAAAUGUCCAGACAAGAGCCCGGGAAGGAAGGAGGCACUCUAAGCUACAUGCCCCCUGAGGCUUUUGAAUCAUCGUAUGAACCAACUCGAGCCACUGAUAUCUACAGUUACGGCAUACUGCUGUGGUCCAUCUUCACUGGAAAAGUGCCCUAUUAUGCAGAUAACCCUCAUCUCCAGUCCAGUAUGGUGAGGUUCCGGGUCCCCUUGGGCGACAGGCCUCCUCUGGAGGCAGUGGACAGGGACCAGGCUGGUGGGCUGGGGGAGAUGGUGGACCUCAUGGUGAAUUGCUGGGACCAACAGCCUUCUAAUAGACCCCACUUCCUGGAUUGCCUCACUGUGACAGAGAGAACAUAUGAGAGGCACAAGCAAUCAAUAAACGACGUGGUCCAUCAAGUGCUCCUCAAACUGGAGGAUGAGAGGAUGAGGAGACAGGAGGAAGAGGAGAGAGAGAGACAGGAGGAUGAGAGGAUGAGGAGAGAGGAGGAGGAGGAGGCGAGAGAGAGGCAGAAAACUGGUCCAGCUCAUCUGAGGAUAGUUCUGGUGGGGAAGACUGGAGCAGGGAAGAGCGCAACAGGAAACACCAUCCUGGGUGGGGAGGGGUUUAAAGAAGACUCCUCCCCUGAGUCUGUGACUGCUCAGUGUGAGAAACAGAGUGGAGAGGUGGAUGGGAGGAAGAUUGAUGUGAUUGACACGCCGGGACACUUUGACACGUCAGUGACUAUAGAGAAAAUGAAAGGUGAACUAGAAAGGUGCUUCUACAUGUCCGUCCCAGGACCCCAUGUGUUCCUGCUGGUGAUCAGACUGGGGAGGUUCACAGAGGAGGAGAGGAACACUGUGAAGUGGAUCCAGGAGAACUUUGGAGAAGAAGCCUCAAAGUACACCAUGGUGCUGUUCACUGGAGGAGACCAGCUGAGAAAAAAAUCUGUUGAGCAGUUUGUAGGAGAAAGUGUUCACCUCCAGGAUCUCAUCAGUAAAUGUGGAGGUGGACAUCACUCUGUCAUCAAUGACAGUGACAGUAGUGCCAACCUUGACCAGGUCCCAGAGCUGCUGAAGAAGAUAGAGGAGAUGGUGAAGAGGAACGGAGGACAACACUACACCAACGAGGUGUACCAGGAGGUCCAGAGGAAGAUCGAAGAGGAGGAGAGGAAGAGAGAGGAGGAGAGGAAGAAAAAAGAGGAAGAAAUGAAGAAACAAGAGGAGGCGAUCAGGAAGCGGGAAGAGGAGGUGAGGAGAGAGGAGGAAAUAAAGAGAGAGGAGGAGUUGAGGAAGAUAGAAGAGGAGAGACAGGAGGAGAGGAGUAAGGCGGAAGAGGAGACGAGGAAGUUGGAAGAGGAGAGACAGGAGGAGAGGAGGAAGAUGGAAGAGGAGAGGAGGAAGAUUGAAGAGGAGAGGGGGAAGAUGGAAAAUGAGAGGGGGAAGAUGGAAAAGAAGAGGAGGAAGAGGAGCAGGAGAAAUUGGUUCGAACGGCUUUUUAACCUUUAACCUUGUUGUGGCCAGCACCAUGUCCUAACCCACUGAAUGGAACUGUGUGUACUUUCAUCUUUAUACAAACAUUAACCAGACUUUUACUGUCAUAACAUGGCAUAAUCAUACCAAUCCUAAUCUUUCCUUUCACAUUCAAUCCCUGUUCUUCAAUAAAUACAAAAACAUGCUGAUUA